AUGGUGCAGCUGCAUUUGGCUCGCGCACCACUUGCAGAAUCUGACAAGCAGUUUUCAAUUUAUUGUGUGUCAUCUUGUGGUCCUUUGUUGAUGUCCGUGGUGGUGUCUAACCUGGCUGGUGGCAUCCUGGCCGAAAUCAGCCCAGUCCCCGAAGAUCUCCUCGAGCUUCGGUUGAAGAUCGAAGAGAUCACUGGCAUCCCUGGCGCGCUCCAAAAACUGGUGAAGGAUGGCGAGCUACUAACUUCACUUGACCUACCAGCAGAGGGCUUCGAAGUGCUCUGCGUUAAGGAUGAGACACCGAUGUGCUCAUGGGAUUCGGAUGGCAAUCCGGAUUCAGAACAAAUUGAAGUCGAUGGUGCAGUUGUUUGUUCUCCAAACCUGCGUACUGACUUCGUCAAUGUCUUGACCAAAGAGCCCAUGCGGUCGGGGAUGCACUACUACGAGUUCGUUCUGCACAAGGUCGGUGAUGAGCAGUGGUGUGGAGUCACAAUGUCGCCGGAAAUGGCAGGUCAAAGGUAUGGUGGCAGAGAACUGGAAGCUUGGACGUACUAUUGCGGCCGCGCUGGCCGUUCGGGAGGUUCCAUACACAACGGCAAGGGCGCGCUUCAUGCGUGCACAAAGGCUGUCGCAGAGUUCGAGAAGGCUUGCACACCGGGAAACGUGAUUGGUAUGUUGGUGGACGUUGACAAACGCGUGCUUGCCUUUGCCCUUGACGGGCGCGUGCAAGGCGCCUGCAAGCUUCCUGGCGACAAGCCCCUUUAUGUUCUGACUCAUGUGGACACCCCUGCAGAUCACGUUGAGUUGCGGAAGCCAUCUUUGGAAGAAGCGCCCCCUGAAAAUCUGGAAGCCCUCAGUGGUGCUUUGCUGGAUGCAGAGAAGGGCCUUGUCUGCACCCACGCCGCAUGGUACGCGGAGCCCACGCAGCUCUACUGGGCCUGGGGCCUGCCCCUGCGGAGUCAGCCUUGGUACCUCAAGGCUACGCUGUGGAUGCCUAUGGGCCUCUUCCAGGGCGUGAUCAUCUUGCUCGCAUACGACGAGUAUCUCGACCGCCAGGAGCAGCAGCAUGGGCAGACCCAACAUCGCGAGAUGUCGGCGUGGAAUCGAUAUCAUUGCAAGGCCGUGGCGGCCUUGUGCGAAGGCUUGCCCGCCAUUACCGUCUUGGCUUGUGCCUGGUGGAGCCUGAACUAUCCACCCGAGAACCCGCUCAUGAAAAUGUCCUGGAACUAUGAGCGCCCCUUUCUGGGCACGCUGGGAGUCAUCCUUUUCAUCUCUGCUGGGUCUGGAAUGGUCGAGUUGGACUUCUGCUGCUCCGGAGCUGUGGCACGGGAGAUGCGAAAAUCUUUGAGGUACGAGAUGCUGCACCUGUUGUUUCGGUUCUGUGAGGUGGUGACUCGCACGGUGAUGAUGGUGGCUUUCGUCGUGACCACACGACAUUUGGUUUCUUGGUGGUGGUGUCCAGCUGCAUCGAACAUCAUCUUCACCUACCUGCUCGUGAUCUACCACGGGGGCGACGAGUGCCGAUCCUCCGUGCGAUUGCUGUGCUCUGUGCCUUGCGCGUGGGUCAACUUGUUCUUUUUCGUGGACUCGCCAUACAAGCGGCGUGCAGCACGGAAGAUCUCCAGGUGGCUGGACCUCAAGUUCCUCCUGGAAGUGAUCAUCCUGCCACUGCUUGUCGUUUCGGCGGCCGGUUGUGCCGGGGACCAGGCCUGGAUUGACUUGAAGAAGAACGUCUACAUGCACAUCUCCGAGUUUGCGGGCAUGGCUCUUUGCCUGUGCGGCUACUUCUGCUUGUGGUUGUGGCUGCAAUGCACUAUCGUCCGAAAGAUUAACCUCAUAGACAUCUACACUGCUGCGGAGAACGGCAACACGCAAGAGGUGAAGGACGUGAUGGAGAAGUUGGUGGCAGAAAUCAAGGAGCUCACCCGAAGUGCUUCGGCCGACAUCGAUCUGAACAGGCCGGAUGUGGAUGGCAACACGCCUCUCAUGCUGGCUACGCGCCAAGGGCAUGCAGAGGUUUGCGAAUGCUUGCUCCAAGCCGGCGCUUUGGUGAGCACCAGGCACUCGGGCAAGCGCUCAUCGCCACGGAACUUCUUCUCGCGACCUGCGCAGCGCGGGUGGACGGCGCUGCACGUUGCCGCAUGGCAGGGGGAGGAUCGCGUCGUUCGCGCAUUGCUGGAAGGUGGGGCCUUGGAGGAGGAGGGUGUUGACUAUGUGGACCUCUAUGGGGAGACGCCACUGCAUGUGGCCGCACGCUAUGGAAACCUGGAGGCAGCACGACUGUUGGCCCUGGCGUGCCCGCGGUGGACCGCAACGUUGGACAAUCGGAGGAGACGGCCCUGCGACUUAGCGCGUUCCGAAGGUCUACGCAUGUCGUUGUCGCAGAGCUGGGGCUCAUGGGACCCCCAGCAGUUCCAGGCGCGAGCGCUGGCAGCAGCGGAGGAGCUGAACCUACCCACCUGGCGGAAUCCUCCGCGUCGAUUCAACGGUCAGGAAGACUGGUGUUCGGUGCCGCUUCACAUCUCCAGGAACAAGGAGUCGUUGGUGGCACCGGGUCUGUGCUCCUAUGUUGCCGCGAGUUGCGGGGGUGCCCUGGGACGGCUAUGCCUCACCAAAGCGGAAGAGGUCAGAGCAACCCAGUGCCAGCCUGAGGAGGAGCGGCUGAAGAUGGAGGACCUGGUCCAGAUUGAUCCCUUCGGCCGUGAGGUGAGCUACUUCGGCCGAGAGUUGAGCCCUUGGCAGAACGCCCCGGCGUUGAUCGGCGAGGGCCGCUUCGGAGAGGUCUUCCGGGCGAAGCAUCGCCAGAGCGGUGCAUGGUAUGCCGUGAAGGUUUUCAAGACGCAGCAGCGGCCCGUUGCCCCGGAGGUGGUGAGAGAAUGCGAGGUGGGAACACAUGUCCGUCAAACACCACACCCUUGCAUCGUGCGGCUGCACAUGGUCAACCUGGAUGAUGCAGGACUGUACACCCUUGUCAUGGAGUUCUGCCAAUCCAAUCUUCUCCAGCAGCUUCGGCACGCCAAGAUUGGCCAGAGAGUUUUCAGGCCCCCACCGCAGACCCUUGACUGGGUGGGCCAGAUCUUCCUUGGCCUGGAGCACAUGCAUCACAGGCUCAACACCAUGUUCCGGGAUUUGAAGCCCGAGAAUGUGGUCCUGGAUGGCCAGCUUUGCUGCAAACUGGCGGAUUUCGGUGCUGGCCGACUCGGCCCUUCUUCCGGCACCUUUUCCUUUGGCCAUCCGGCAGGCAGCCCGGGCUACGUCGCGCCCGAAGUGCUCGGCGGGAUGCCCCACGAUGAAGGCGCAGACCUCUACUCGUUGGGAGUGCUGGCCUGGCUUCUCUUCACUGGAGGGAUGCCCAACGAGGUGCCGCCCAUGGCCGUCCGAAGUGAGUGGCAGGCACACCUCUAUGACUGGACGUUGCUGGACAAGUGCAUUCGCGACAACUUUCCUAUCUUCCAAGGAAUGGAGCUGGCAGGGCAAAGCCAGGCCAGUGAGGCACGACAGUUCGUGGACUUGCUCAUCAAGCCUCCCACAGCGCGCAUGAGGCAUGAGCAGAUUCGUCACCACCCAUUGCUCGAGCCGAUCCAGCUGCCCGAGUUCGCCGCAGCCCCUCACCAGGCUUUGAGUCCCCAAAAGUUUGGCCUCGAAUGUGGGCUGCAAUUGUUCUUAGGCCCUCGGAGGUUUCAUGUCAGGUAUCUUAGUUGA